GCGGUAGGAUGUGUCAUGGUUGCAGGUGAACAGUGACACUCUUUGACUCUGAGUUUCAGGUGUCAGUUCUCCUCAGGGCUGUUAGAAAUUACUCGGAGUGACGCUGUCGAGGACUGAGCGGCUGCAGAGAGGACAGACCAGUGCAUGAGGAGCGUCACUCUGCUGCAGAUCGCUACAGCCUUAAGCCAUCCUGCCAAAAUCUGGGACCAUGUCUGGAGCCUACGAUGAGUCGGCCAGCCAGGAGGAGACCACAGACAGUUUCUGGGAGGUUGGGAACUACAAGCGUACGGUGAAGCGGAUUGACGAUGGUCACCGGCUCUGCAAUGACCUGAUGAACUGCAUCCAGGAGCGUGCCAAAAUCGAGAAAGCCUACUCACAGCAACUGACAGAGUGGUCCAAGAGGUGGAGACAGCUGGUAGACAAAGGGCCUCAGUACGGCACAGUAGAGCGAGCUUGGGUGGGCUUGAUGACGGAGGCGGAGAAGGUGAGCGAGCUUCACCAGGAUGUGAAAAACAACCUGAUCAACGAGGACUUUGAGAAGGUGAAGAACUGGCAGAAAGACUCGUACCACAAACAGAUGAUGGGAGGAUUCAAGGAAACCAAAGAGGCAGAGGAGGGCUUCAAGAAGGCCCAGAAACCCUGGGCCAAAAAGCUGAAAGAGCUCGAGGCUGCCAAGAAGUCCUUCCACAUGGCCUGCAAAGAGGAGAAGCUGGCGUCUACCAGAGAGGCCAACAGUAAGGGAGAGGCCUCUCUGACAGCUGAUCAGCAGAAGAAACUCCAUGAGAAAUUGGACAAGUGCAAACAGGACUCCCAGAAGGCCAAGGAGAAGUACGAGAAGGCUCUGGAUGAGCUGAGUAAGUGCACUCCACAAUACAUGGAAAACAUGGAGCAGGUGUUCGACCAGUGCCAGCAGUUUGAAGAGAAGAGGCUGAGCUUCCUCAGGGAGGUGCUGUUGGACGUCAAACGCCACCUCAACCUCACAGAAGACCAAAGUUAUGCUACAGUGUACAGCGAACUCGAACGCACCAUCACAUCAGCCAGCGCGCAGGAGGAUCUGAAGUGGUUCAGCAACACCCACGGCCCCGGCAUGCAUAUGAACUGGCCACAGUUUGAGGAAUACAACCCAGACCUUACCCAUAACAUCUCUAAGAAAGAAAAGUCAAAGAAAGGCAGUGAUGGAGUCAUGCUGACUAACGUCACAACAGCAGUAGACCACGCUCAGUCUGGAGACCGGGGAAGUGUCAGCAGCUACGAAAAGAACCAGGUGUACACGGCUUCCACGGAGUGGUCGGACGAGGACCAGACAGCCCCGAACUCAGGCAACGACACCAACGGAGGGACGAACCCCUUUGACGAAGACGUGGGCAAAGGUGUGAGAGUGAGAGCGCUGUACGACUAUGAAGGCCAGGAGCAGGACGAGCUCACCUUUAAAGCAGGGGAUGAGCUGACGAAGCUGGAGGAGGAGGAUGAGCAGGGCUGGUGUAAAGGUCGUCUAGACAACGGCCAGCUGGGUCUUUACCCGGCCAAUUACGUGGAGCCGAUCUAACUGUUCCAACUGAGGACGCUUGGUGGGAAAACCCAGACUGAACCGUCCAGUCAUAACUGCACAUUGCCAGAGACUUGAAAGCAAAGCUUCUUCUUCCUGUCGGGCACAGUGAGCUGUCUUCAUCUCAGCACUCAUCACAGAGAACACCUAACUGAAACGAGAUCUGUUUCGGGAUCACAUCAUCUCCAAAAUACUGCAACUGAAGCUAAAUAUUUUAGUCUCUUUUGUGUGUAGCUGUGUUUGAUUUCAGAUGCGAUGCUAACAUGCCAUACAGUAUGUUCUCUCAUCAUAAUAUUGAUAUGGUAUCCUCGGUUGUGCCUGGAUAGCGAAAUUGAGCUAUGCAUUGUGCAUUUCAUGUAUAUAUUUUAAUCUUUUUUUUACAGUCUGGAUGCUUGUACAGUUUUUUUUCUCAUUGGAUACAGUGUUUUUUUUUCCUUUGUGAAAUAUUUACAUGUCUAGCUUCAAAGGAAUAGUUUGACAUUUUGGGAAAGGUGCUUAUUCCCUUUAUUCUCGAGAGUCGGAGAAGGUCAAUACCAUUCUUAUGUUAAACCACAAGUCGUCACCCAUUGUCCGGAUCAAGCAAACUAGACACAAGAUGUUAUUCAGUGUGCUUUAGAGACAGAGCUAACUUCUGUCCUCCUGCUUUGUGUCUUUAUGCUAAGCUAAGCUAACCAGCAGUUGGCUCUAGCCUAAUAUUUAGUGUAAAAAUGAGAGUGGUAUCAGUCUUCUCAUCUAACUCUUGGCAACACAGCGAACGACCAUAUUUCCCAAAAACUAUUCCUUUAAUGCAUUUAGUUGUUUUCCUGCUGCACUCCACAGCAUGUCACUGAAUUAGCAUUUUGAAACGAGAUAAAAGUCACUGAGCAGAGCUUCUCUUUGAAAUGGAAAUAUGUACUCUGUACCAAACCGUGCAAGGAUUGUUUACAUUAACCUCCGCUGUCCCACCUGUCCCUAACAAGGUGCCUGUUAUAACUCUUAACCCGUCAUUUAGUUUCUCCUCCUCUUCUGUCUUUACAUGCAGACUGUGUUAAUAACGCAGGCGCCAUGAACAAACUCGCAGCUGUUUUUGUACGGAGAUUAGCUUCAUUUCAAGACCAGGGUUGUAUUUAUUUUUUUAAUUUCUGCAGUUAAUGAGACUUGUCUGCUAUGAGUGAAUGUCAGUGACUCGGCAUUAUCAGCUUCCAGCUCUUAUCUCUGUGGUUAUAUGCAUGCUGAUGCUCCCACACACUGUUUAACGCUCUGAUCUGAACUGAUCCAGUGCAUGGCCUCAGUUUGUUUCCACCAAAUUAUUGACAGUUUCUUGAUCGAAUUAAAACUCUUAUCGGGAUGAUAAUGAUGAUAAAUGCCAUUGAUUUGCAUUGCAUAACAUAGCCAGUCCCCGAUUGGUCUAUUUCAGUGUGUGUGUACCAAAAAACAUACUGUAUUAAAUAUCGGGUGUACACGUCUUCAUAUUUAAAUAUUUUGUAUUAAUCAGAAAAUCUGAAUCAAACUUUAUACAAACACAAAUUAUGAGUGCAUGUGGCAGUACAGUACAUGUUAUAUGAGAUUGGUUUGUGAAUCCUGGUUACCACAGGUGUUGGUGAAAACUACACCCUCAUCGAUGAGGAAGGCGGGUGUUCUCUUACUGACGCAGACAGAGAAAACUGCAACGAGCACUGCACAAGAAAGGAGAAAGAGGAUCUCUCUCUGAAAUAUUGAUGAGACAAUUGCCUUUUCUGCUGCAAGAUAGAGGUUCAUUUUUAAAAGGUCCGGGAGGGAAAUGUCUCUUGUACUGUGUUUAUGCUUCUGUGUGCUUUUUAAAAAGUGUUGCUCCUUGUAAACUCUGGAGGGGUGAAAUACAUAUUGCCUUACUAAAAUCUACCACCCUGCCACGCCAGAGACUCUCAAUCGUCACAUUUCAACAAAGUGAAAGAGAGCUCGCUUCCACAGAAUCUGACUCCGGCUCCUCCGGCUCAGUUUACACUGACACCACACGCAGGCCCUCUUUGUCUGAUUGAAGAUUACAUGAAUUUGACGUCUUAACGUACUUUUAACUGCAUUCGCAAACAGACUGGUGCUGUUAACGAGUGUACUGUAAAAGUGUGUGAAGCUACAAUUGCAGCAUCCACUGUGAAACUCUUGUGAUACACUGAAGGACGGUAAAUCAUAUUGACAAAAAAACAAACAAACUUAAAUGCUCCUUUUCUGUCUGUUGCUCAUGCUUGAAACAUUGAUCUGCAAUGUUGAGGACAACUUUUUAGAGGGCUUUCUCUUUUUUUAGCAUAGUGCUGUAACUUCAAAACUGUAGUGCCUGUUCAU